GUCGCCUGGAAAAGCAGUCACCCCAGUGCAAUAUGCGCGUCGGCCUUGCCAUCAUGUCGGUCUUCUUGGCUGGUGUCGUCCAAGCCGGACCGAGCAACGAUGGGGUUACGGAAAACGUCCUCAUUGGCGCUGCGAAUGCUGACUUCAACGCGUGGUUCACUAACCUAUGGGCCAACGACGGGUGCAACGUGAAGAAUUCCGACUUUAGCAUCGCCACAUUCAACUUUGACACGGACAAGAACGAGUUUAGCAAAUCCACAUCGUCCAACGUCGAUGCGAACGCUGUCACUAUCACCGCGAGCCAACUGAAUGGGUAUAAAUUGAAUGCGCUGGCGUGCAAGUGGAAGUACGACGGGGCUACUGAAACAACGUCGACGACGCCAGUAUGGACCAAACCAAAUGGAAUCCCCAAGGUCACGUUUGCCAAAGCAUUUGCGUUGAAAUUGCGCAACGAAGAGGUCACGUCCGUCACGGCAACGUGCGACUUGUGGUUUCACCACGACAUCAGAGAGAAACGACCGGCGCUCUUUGCAGGCAUCUCACGCGUGUUUGCGCUCACUAACUGCGACGUCCCCCGACUCAACUCGAACGAAAUGUCCGACCAGGGGCGCUUUAUCAAGGACGCGUGCGCGAAUACGUGGCCUACGCCUGGAAACACCCAAAACCCGGCGCCGUUUCAAGCUUGUGGGGGCGCGAUGGUGUUCCCGUCCAAUGCGACCACCCCCACGACGAAUUACUUGGACCAGGCGACGGAUCUGGCGUGCUGCGCCAAGAAGACGGCGUAUAACUGCGCCGUUGUGCCCGGUUCGACGAUUAAACGAUGCACGGAACAAGGGCCGGCACCCGCGAUGGCGUUCGCCCAAGCGUUUUCAAGUCCGUUGGUUAUGGUUGGCCUCUGUGGAAUGGCUGCGCUGGUCGUGGUCGUAGCCAAGAAGCACCAGACAGCAACUGCAGACGAUGGAUACGUGUCACUGCUGCAUUAAGCCGCUUGACCUUGGAGUGCAUUGUCAGAGUAACGUUAACGGAUAUAAUUUCAUGCUUUUGAUCAGUGGGCUGUGUCGACG